AUGGACCUGCGCACCAUCAUGAACGCCGACUCCGCCGCGGCCGCCAGCAGCCCGCCGCCCCUGCAACCGCUCCAGCAUCAGCAUCUCCAGCAUCACCAGCAUCACCAACACCCGCCUGCGCCCUCACCACCUCCGUUGCCACCAGUCCAGCCGCGCGCCAGACCUCCGCCGCCGCCGCCGCCGCUGCUCGCGUCCGCCAGCACGAUCCUCCCCGGCAUCCCACCGCCGCCGCCAGCAUCGCAGCAGCCCUUCCUCCCGCACGCCGGCUCGCCCUUCACGCCGCAGCCGCUGAGCACCGUCUCUCCGCAUCCCCAGCAGCACCAGCAGUCGUACUUCUCGCAGCCGCGCGCUCUCUCCGUGCACUCGGCCACCACGCCGUCAUCCGUCCGCAGCUUCUCGUUUGCCGCUCCGCGCGACAACGACGCCGCCGCCUCGCAGCCGCAUGGCGACGCGCGCGCACCUCCAGAGCUGCUGUCGCCGCUCAUGCACACGCCGUCCACCAGCGGCAGCGGCAGCGGCAGCGCACGCGCCCCGGUGUCGUCGCUGGUCGACCAGCCGCACCGCCAGUAUCUGCUCGACGCCGAGUUCGACCGCCAGCGCGCCAGCCUCAGCCCCAAGUCCUCCUCCUCGCUCGUCCGCCCGCCCAGCAUCCCUGCCGCCGACCUGCCUCGCGUCGCUCCAGACCGUCCGUCGCAGGGCCUCUCGCCCCAUGACGCCAGCCGGCCGCUCUGGCUGCCAAAUACCAACAAUGCGAGAACAACUACCCACGAUGCCGCCGCCCAGCCGCCCCGUCCGUUCUUCCCGCCCACCACGCCCAAGACCUCGCGCCCGCCGUCCUCGAGUCGUCCGCCCACUAUCUCCCCUACUUCCAGGCCGUCUGCUCAAAGAGACCCAGACCCUUCGGCGCUGCCGCUGAGCACCCCCAUGAAGCCCGUGGAAUACCCGGCUCAGUCCCCCGCGUCCGCGGCGCAUCUGCCCAAGAAGAAGCGCAAGAGAUACCACGAACCUCCCAUCUACGCCCGAAAGGCGCCCAGGUCCUCGGGCACUCCGCCGAGUAUCCCCGUUGGCUUCAAACCGCCCCCGCCCUCGUUUCUCCCCACCAAGCCGCCGCCCUCCAAACGCGCCGUCUCGGAGGACCGGCCGACGUCGAGAAACACGUCCCUCCCGCCGCGCCUGUCCCUACACACGAGCCCGGCCCAGACCGACGCCGAGGGCAGCGUUGCUCGACCGAAGCCCGUCACCACCCCCGUAACCUCCCUAGGGCCGUGGGAGCCGUCCGUCACAGGCGUGAUUCCGCAUGAAGAGGUGACAAAGUUGAUCUGUGACUUUCUCUUCCAGCAGGUGGUCAUGCGAAAGGACAUUGGCGGUGCUCCUGCUGGCGGAGCGGCCACUGGCUCGGGAGCCAUUCUCGAGGUCGAGGCGAAGCUGGGACAGCUGGUCGACAAGAAUCGAGGAGAGAGGCUGCGCCUUCCGGUGCUUACGGAAUGCGUGAUCAGCAGAGAUGAUCCGCAUAUGCGACUGGCUUUUGAGAGUUCCAUGUCUCUGGCCCAGCACCGCUCCCUCAACAACUUCCUCAACGAAACCGUGAAAGCGUCCAUGGUCCCCGGCUCGUCCCGCAUCCCGCUCACCUACGCGCACAAGAAAGAACGCGACACCUUCUACGAGAUCUCCCCCGCCGCCCUCCCUCCACUCGUGCAGCACCACCUCAACCCGCGCCACAAGCCCAAGGUCCGCGUCACCACCGACCAGCGCACCGGCGAAAUCCUCGCUCGCAUCAUCAAGUGUCGCAUCGCCGACAUGGACGUCCACAGCCCGCGCACCAACCUCGACUGGCGCAUCAGCGUCAAUCUCGAAAUGAACUUCGACGGCGACGCCAGCGAGCUCAUCCCCAUCGCCGGCAUGGGCGAUGCGCCCGUCCCCGCCGCCGGCGGUAAACGCACCGGCUCCCGCAACAAAGACCGCAUGAGCUACCGCCACCUGGCCUAUCAGAUCGACCUGACUCAAGUGGCCACCGCCGAGCUCGCCACCGCGAGCCCGCCGCUUCCGACCACGGACUUUGAGCACGAACUCGAGAUCGAAAUCUCGUCCGCCGAGAUCAGGCGCCAGGGCGACCUGGCGCUCGCCGGCGACCCGAGUAACCAGUACGAAGAGCUGAUCAAGGGCUUUGUGGAUAAUGUCAGGGUGUUGGCGAGAGCGGUGCCGGGGAGAUUCUAG